AGUGCAAACCCUUCCUACCUACAACUAUGAUAUAAGCUCAUCUUCAUGUAUUUACUAAUACAAAUCAUCAUAGGUCGGAUAAUCGUAACCCCAUACCUCAGAGGCUCCAAUCUUGCAAUUCUUGGGUAAAUCUAGGAAGCGUAAACGUCGUUCACUUGACACCAACGAUUGGAUUUCAAUUCGCGAUUACAAAAUUAAAGGCAAUUCCCAUACCUAAUACCUCAUUAGACUUAAAGUUGAUAAUGUUGUAUGGUCUUUUUGGACUAGAUAUAGCAUGUUAUCUGAGCUCCAUUAAAUACUUGACUAAUUGACCAAGUCCCAAUUGCCCGCUUUCCCAGUUAAACGACUCUUUGGUAAUCUUAAUCCAGAUUUCAUCUCAACUAGAAAAGCAUAACUUGAUGUCUAUCUAUAGGUUUUAAACCAAUAUUCUAUAUUAAGGCUAUUUUUAGAGAUCCCUAAGUCCGUGAUUCCAAAGUAUUUCAAGACUUCAUUAGCAAUUCAAAAUAAAAAGCCUUCAAAAAAGCAGACCUUGAUUCCCUUCAUCAAUUUAAAUUGGAUGUUUGAAAAUAUAUAAAAAAUUAGAGUAUUAAUGUUUUUAUAGCUUCUCUUAACAUUUGUUCAUCCCAUCCCAAUUGCAGAUCCACGUCAACUUCCCUUCCUUAACAAUCUAGACAAAUAAUAAAACUAAAAUUUUAUUCUUAUUGUAAAUUGCGGAUUAUUUUUAAGGAACGCCUUUCUCUAAUUUUCUGAGUAAUGCUAUGUUUAUUAUUGAAUUAGACUUAUAAAAUAAAGACAAUGUAACUAAAGAAUAGUGAUUGCCACAGUUUUGUCAAUUGUGAUGAUAGUCGAUUUGUGUGUGAUUAUCUAAUUUGCUUUGAAGUAGCAAAACAAUCCAACAUUUAAUUAAGUAUUGAAAAGAAGUAAAACUAAUCUGAUUGA